GGUUUCACUCUCUCCGGGGCGAAGAGGAGGGCAGGCAGUACAAUACAAGCUCAGGGACACAAAUCUACCUGGGAAUCUAUAUUCCUCUUCCUUAGAGCCACAUUUUCUGGGACCUUCUGGGACCUGUGUCUUCCUGUGGAUAUCUGGGUCUUAGCCAUGCCUCUCAAAACUCCUGCCCCCUCCAACAAGAGGAAGUCCAACAAGAUCAUCACUGACCUGUCCAACAUCACCCAGGAUGAUGAUGAGUCAGACCCAGAGGCCUCUGAGUUUGACCUGGGCACCAAGAUCAAGACGCCCAAGGACGUGAUGCUGGAGGAGCUCUCCCUGCUCAGUAACAAGGGCUCCAAGAUGUUCAAGAUGAGGCAGCAGAGAGUUGAGAAGUUCAUCGUGACCAACGAGAACGCGCAGAACCUCCAUAACCUGUUCAUGUCCCCUCCCCCAAUUCCACCAAAGCCUGAGAUGCCGAAGGAAGAAGUGGUGGAGGAGAAAGUGGAUAAGGAGGCAGAGAGGAAGAGCAAGGCGGAGUAUGUACCCACCUACAUAUCACCAUGGGAACGGGCCAUGAAGGGCAACGAGGAGCUGACAGCCACCAUGAAGGCCUGCAUGCCGGGACCCAUCCACAUGCACCCAGAACUGCCUAUGUACAAGAGCUUCAACAGGACAGCGCUACCAUUCGGUGGCUACGACAAGGCAACCAAGUUGCUUACCUUUGAACUCCCAGAGAUCAACGUUGCCACCGAGGAGCAGGAGCCAGGUCUGCAGGCCAACAUGCGCUCACGCCCCUCGUUCAACCGCACGCCCAUCGGCUGGAUCUGCAGUGAGGACAACUCACACAUCCACAUGGACCUGGACACCAUGCCCUUCGAUGGAGAGACAGAUGACCUGUGAACACGCAUGCACACACAAGUAUAUUUACAGUACAGGUGGCCUGAAACACACACAUCAAAGUACACGCACUGGAACUCAUAAACACACACACAUACACCCUCACAUGAGUGUAUACACGAGAGCAUUAGGCACAGCUCAUAAUUUACACCACAUACACUGACAACAUAAACACUGUUAGAACUGCCGAGGCUCCUGUGAACUUAUGUUGAAAUGUACUUUAAAUACACGGAAUCGAAAUGAACAAAAAUAAUUUAAAAAUGACUUUAAAAAGUUUCUCCCCCUCUCCUGUGUGCAUUCUUAUUUUUUCCUCCCCAACUAUGAUUGAGUCUUACUAUGAUUUUGCAUACUGUGAGCUAACGCGCGACCUGUGUGAAUAGAUAUAGAUAAGCACUCUGCACUCUUGUAUUUAUGCAAUAAAGUUCCCCAUUUACAGAA